UCAGCCGGGCCCGCGGCGCGCUCCGCUCGCAGCAGCUCCCGGACCCGCAGCCAUGGCCGACAUCAAGACGGGCAUCUUCGCCAAGAACGUCCAGAAGCGACUCAACCGCGCGCAGGAAAAGGUGCUCCAGAAGCUGGGGAAAGCUGAUGAAACAAAAGAUGAGCAGUUUGAAGAAUAUGUCCAGAACUUCAAACGGCAAGAAGCAGAGGGUACCAGACUUCAGCGAGAACUCCGAGGAUAUUUAGCAGCAAUCAAAGGCAUGCAAGAGGCCUCCAUGAAGCUCACUGAGUCACUGCAUGAAGUCUAUGAGCCGGACUGGUAUGGACGGGAAGAUGUGAAAAUGGUUGGCGAGAAAUGUGAUGUUCUGUGGGAAGACUUCCAUCAAAAACUAGUGGAUGGAUCCUUGCUGACACUAGAUACCUACCUGGGCCAGUUCCCAGACAUAAAGAAUCGCAUCGCCAAGCGCAGCAGGAAGCUGGUGGACUACGACAGUGCCCGCCAUCACCUGGAAGCCCUGCAGAGCUCCAAACGGAAGGAUGAGAGUAGGAUCUCGAAGGCAGAAGAAGAAUUUCAGAAAGCCCAGAAAGUGUUUGAAGAGUUUAAUGUUGAUCUGCAGGAAGAGUUACCAUCAUUAUGGUCAAGACGAGUUGGAUUUUAUGUUAAUACUUUCAAAAAUGUCUCCAGCCUUGAGGCCAAGUUUCAUAAGGAAAUUGCGGUGCUUUGCCACAAACUGUAUGAAGUGAUGACAAAACUGGGCGACCAGCACGCUGACAAGGCCUUCACCAUUCAAGGAGCUCCCAGCGAUUCGGGCCCCCUGCGCAUUGCAAAGACGCCAUCACCACCGGAGGAGCCUUCACCCCUGCCAAGCCCGACAGCUAGCCCGAAUCACACAUUAGCACCUGCGUCUCCUGCACCUGCCCGGCCUAGGUCACCUUCACAGACAAGGAAAGGGCCUCCCGUCCCACCUCUGCCCAAAGUCACCCCAACGAAGGAACUACAGCAGGAGAACAUCAUCAAUUUCUUUGAGGACAAUUUUGUUCCAGAAAUCAGCGUGACGACGCCUUCCCAGCAGAAUGAAGUCUCUGAGGUGAAGAAAGAGGAGACGUUGCUGGAUCUGGACUUUGACCCUUUCAAGCCUGAGGUCGCCUCUGCUGGCUCUGGGGGAGUCACCCACUCACCCAUGUCUCAGACAUUGCCUUGGGACCUGUGGACGACAAGCACUGAUUUGGUACAGCCGGCUUCUGGUGGUUCAUUUAAUGGAUUCACCCAGCCCCAGGACACUUCGUUAUUCACAAUGCAGACAGACCAGAGUAUGACCUGCAACUUGGCUGAAUCUGAGCAGGCUGCACCCACAGAGCCGAAAGCAGAGGAGGCCCCUGCUGCUGCCACACCUGCUGUCGGACUGGACCAGGGACUGGAUGCUCGGGCCGAGGAGCCAGUGGAGGAGGCAGCGGUGCUCCCUGGAGCUGAUGCUGAUGUGGCCGGUGGAACCUUGGUGCUGGCAGCUGAGGGGAUCCCAGGAGAAGAGGCAGAGGCACAGAAGGCAGCUGUCCCAGCUGGGGAAGGAGUCAGUGUAGAAGAAGCCAAAAUUGGUACCGAAGCCACCGAGGUUGUGGACAGCGACAGACCUUACCCAGAAGAGAUGGAAGCAGCAGCGCCACAGGAGAAGGUCAUCCCUUCUGUGGUCAUCGAGCCUGCCUCAAACCAUGAAGGGGAGGGAGAACAAGAGAUAACCAUCAGUGCAGAGUCGGAGGAAGCCCCAGAGGAUGCUGCUGCCACAGGCCCCGCCGGCGAGACACCAGAGCUGGCCACGGAGAAGCCCCAGGAGGACGCUCAGGCGUCGCCUGCUGCACCUGCAGGAGUCACAGAUCAACAAGCACCUGCAGGGGCAGCCGCUCAGGAAUUGCCUCCCGGGUUUCUCUACAAGGUAGAAACACUGCAUGACUUUGAGGCAGCAAAUUCUGAUGAACUUACCUUGCAGCGGGGUGACGUGGUGCUGGUAGUCCCCUCGGAUUCAGAAGCCGACCAGGAUGCGGGCUGGCUGGUGGGAGUGAAGGAAGCAGACUGGCUGCAGUACAGAGACCUUGCCACCUACAAAGGCCUCUUCCCCGAGAACUUCACCCGGCGCCUGGAUUAGGGCUGCGUGCGUGUGCAGAGAGAGCUUGCUUCCUGGGUUUUUAAAUCUUUGCAAAAACCUGAAGAGUUCACUUUUGCUAUUACACUUCUGAUGAUCUACAGACUGCCUCCAGACAAAGCUUGGGAAAGUAUGCCAGUGGAGCAUGUGUGCAGAAAAUGUAAGAGGAAAACAAAGUAAAUUAAGGAAAAAGUCCUCACUCAUUCCCCUGUUGUCAGUGACGGGUUUCUUUGUGCUUUGUCCGAGCUGUGGAGACUCUUGUACUUGAUUCCCCUCCUGCCAAGUCUAAAGUAGCUUUCUCCAGCCCAGACCUGCCUGUGUACCAAGUGUAUGGUAUUGAGUGGCUGCCCUGCGAAGAUGUGAAAAAUUAUUCUGUAGUACCAGACUAUCUGAUCCCCCUGCCCAGCUCUGAGCGUGUGCUCUCUCUUUGUUCCAAGUUUACUGUGUUCAAAACAAUACUGCUGCAAAAGUUUUCAACAGUCUUUUCCAACACACCUACAUAUAUAAAUAUAUAUAUGAACGCACAGUCACACAAGCUAGUUCCCAUGACUGCUGGAUCUAUGUGUAUGCAGAAGGCUACAUAUACAUAGUUGCUUUCUUUCCUUUCCAUUGUAGCUCUUUGCUUCUCAAGUGUUGUUGGUACAUGCAUUGCUCUUACUCUGCCUGGCAUAACAGUUGCAGUUAUGCCUCGGGAGGGAAAACCAGCCAUCCCGUUGCCAAAUGAAUCAACAGUAUGUGUGUGUGUAAUGUGCAGUUUUCAGGGUGAGAUUGACAGUUAGCACAUCCAGGCUGCUGCCUGCCCCCUUCUGAGAAAGCAGGGCCUGAUUACGCAGCCACGCGGCUGCUGGGGCAGGGACAGGGCUAGUCGGAAUGCGCAGCGAAGCCGCCUUCUCUUCUGCCUUUAUGAGAUUGGUAGAAGGUGGAGCGUAUGAACCCCUCCCAAAAGAUUACUGUUAAAAAAAAAAAAGCUCCUAUAUAUUUCCACCUCUUAAAUUUAUGCAGCUCAUCUUCCCAGAUUCUCCGAAAAUAAAAUAGGUGAUGUAUGCUGUAUCCACAAACCAUCUGUAACAAUUAUGGUUCCAGUGCUGUGUCAUUCCAAAUAAACCUUUGGUAAUC